UGCCCAUAUUCUGGUUGAUAUAUUUACAGCCACAAACACGAGAGAGAAGAAAUAUCUAUCUGCCACUAUAAAUUAAAUCCAACCAAGCUUCCUCUUUCACACAUAAUUCACGCACCUACUAUGGCUUUGCAGGUCUACAGAGCAGCUCCAAGGACCGCAGUGCCGCAUAGCUCCGCGUCCCACGGGAUUAUUACCUCCAGGCAGCAACCCGCGGUCUGCGUCGCAGCGGAUUACCUUCAGCUGAAUGUGAAGAGGCCAGCGAGGCGGCUGACCACGGGGUUUCCGGUCAGGGCGAGCCUUGACUCCACGGCGGCGACGGUGACGGCGGAGAUCGGCCAAGUGACGGAGGUGAAUAAGGACACAUUUUGGCCGAUUGUGAAUGCUGCCGGUGCUAAGACCGUCGUCCUCGAUAUGUUCACUCAGUGGUGUGGACCGUGCAAGGUGAUAGCCCCAAAAUAUAAAGAGUUGUCUGAAAAAUAUGAUGAUGUUCUAUUCUUAAAGCUGGAUUGCAACCAAGACAACAGGCCUCUGGCAAAGGAACUGGGGAUCAAAGUUGUCCCGACAUUCAAGAUAUUGAAGGAUGGUAAAGUUGUGAAAGAAGUUACAGGAGCCAAAUUUGACGAUCUAGUUGCUGCUAUCGAGACUGCAAGAUCGUCUACCUAAGAUUAAUCUUUCCUUUAACAAUUACCUCGUGUGUAUGCACUUGUUGAUAGAUAUUAAUGCAUGAAUCCAUUGAUUGAUGAUUCUAUAAAGCGUGCAAGCAUUUCCUUCUAUUAUGUUUACCAUAAUUGAGUGUAUCAUAAGCACAGCUUUUAACUCAUUGUCAUUGGUUCAUUUAUAUAAGUCGAAAUUUUCAAGUCUUACAAAGAUCUGAACUGAGCUACAUUUCUAUCCUAGAGUAAAAUGGGGUCAAAACAUUACGAAAACAUGCUGCCGAAAUAUACUCUUAUUCGCAAUUCUUCAAUCAUCAAAUGCCUGAUUUAUAGUUACUUGCUCCUCAUGGAUGACUUAGAGCAUGUGCGAAUAUUAAAUAUCAUCUUCCAUUUGUCAACAGUCAAAACAGUUUCGUCAUUCAUGGUGCAGGUCGCCAUAUCUUGGUCUGAAAAUGCGGUAAAAGAUGGUCAGAGAAGACAGUUGGUAGCUAUCCCCCCUAUAUAUAUUAAUUGAGAACGUGCUGAGCCUAUGUGGCAGGCUCGCAUGCUUCGGGAUCCUAUGUGGCAAAAAUACAUGCUUCGUUAUUAGGCUUGGAUAGAUUUAGUUUACUUCUAAUCCAAAUAUAUUUAGGUUCGGAUUAUUUAUAAUAUGUUGAUUAUUUAUGGUAAGGGUGGGCGUCGGCCGGGACAGUUCUGGAUUUGACUUGUCCGGAUACCCAUCCCACUUUUAUGAACCCGUCCAUGAAUGGUCCGGGAUGAGGCACCGUCGGCACCCAUGUAAUACAUGAGUGUUGUACUAGUAUACUUUAAAUGACAAUUGUGACAUACACCAUAGUAAAUCAAUUCUUAGAUUUUUCCAAUGAGCACAAGAGGUGUAAGAAAGAACCAUGUCUUUUUCAUAAGAAUCUUUAACUUUG